UGUGACCCCUCUGUGACCCCCCCCCAGGUGUUGGGGACACCGGGGAACAACCUGCACGAGGUGGAGACGGCGGAGGGGACGCGGUUCCUGGCCAGCAUGCCCCCCUGCUUCAGGAAACACAUCUGGAUCAAGAGAGGUGAUUUCCUGCUCGUGGACCCCAUCGAGGAGGGGUCAAAGGUCAAGGCCGAAAUCUCGCUGGUGCUGCUCCCCCCCCACGUGCGCUCGCUGCAGCUCCAGGGGCUCUGGUAGGACCCCAAAAACAACCCC